CUCCCCACACACGCGCUCGAGCUUGGCAAGUGUACCCCGCCGAAGCUGGAGCUACGCUGUCCCACGAGCAGACGAUUUCAGCACCUAUUUCAGCACAGGACAGAAUCCUGCACCGUCUCAUGGCAACAUGGCGACUGAGUUCCAUAACCUUCAGGAGUUGAGGCAGAGUCCGUCUCUAGCCACCAAGGUGUUCAUCCAGAGAGACUACAGCGAAGGAACCGUCUGCCGAUUCCAGAUCAAGUUCCCCUCCGAGCUGGGCAGCAGGAUCGAGCGGACUCUGUUUGAGGACACAGUAAAGACAUUGAACAGCUACUAUGCAGAGGCAGAGAAGGUCGGAGGCCAGUCCUACAUGGAGGGAUGUCUGGCGUGCGCUACAGCCUACUUCAUCUUCCUCUGUAUGGAGACACGCUAUGAAAAGGUAUUGAAGAAGAUCUCAGGGUAUAUCCAGGAACAGAAUGAGAAGAUCUACGCUCCCAGAGGUCUGCUACUGACCGAUCCUGUUGAGAGAGGCAUGAGAGUCAUCGAGGUGAGUGUGUUUGAAGACCGCGGUUCCAGCGGCUCUAGCCCCAGCAGCAAUGUGUCGUCUGGAAUCAGCCAGCGGUGACUGGAGGAACAGCACCAGGGAUAUGGGUACCAACAACACCACCACCACCACCACCACAGAGGCAGCGGAUCCCUCACCAACAUCCGCAUGCUGAAACAUGAGAGCACACGCUUCUGAAUAUAGAUGUAUAUGUAAUCAAUAUACUAUCUCUAGUUAUGAGUAUAGAUGUGUAUGUAAUCAAAAUACCAUCUAUUGUUCUGAGUAUAGAUGUAUAUGUGAUACAGGAAAUAUAUAUUGAAUGUAUAUACUAUCUAUAGUUCUGAGUCAGGAAGGAGAGAGAGAAAGGCCAGGAUUUGUAGGCUACUCUCAACAGGAAACUGAAGUACCAUGAGGCCAGGAGCUGACACAUGCAAUGAUAUAAUGUUCAAGCAGGCACACACCAAGUCUAACACUCUAAACACACAUCUUUGAAUAUCUAACGGUAUGCUUACACUCAUAUUUCUGCACACUUUCCCAACCAUCUACUCCUUUACCCAUGACCAUUCUACUUUUUCACCAUUCUCUGUGUUUCCAUGAGUUUAAUUAUGAUCAUUAUGCCAUAUCCAAUACAUCACUGUCAUCCUCAGUUGCGUUCAACAUUCAAUCAUGAGCAGCAAGAAACAAUUGUUAUCACUAGGAUUGACUAUUUUGAAGCAACAUUAUAACUACAGCAGUAGUAUAACUAUCACGUUGAAUGCUGGGAACUUACUGGUAAUCUUCUGGAAAAGACGCUUCAUUUCAGGCAUUGCGAGAACGAGGUCAGUGCAUUGUGAAUGUUGACAUGUCCUGCCCUGUUCUAUUUGGACCUACUGCUUCAGCUUUCAGUGUGUUUGUGAAGGACUGGUAGUUAUUAUUGGUAAUAUUACAUGUAUCUGUCUGGGACUUCAAACUGAAACACCUUGGAUUAUUUAUCAAUGCUCAUUCAGAGCAUUGGGUGCUGAAGAUCCAUAUCACUACUGAAGGUUACACUCACACACGCAGCCGCAUGUGCAAAACACACAGAUUCAUACACUCAGGCGCAUAUGCAAACAUACACUCACGCACACACACAUGCACACACAGGCAAAUGCGCAAACACACACACACACCUGUGGCCACUGGCCUUGGGUUCCUGCAUACAAUAUCCUGGCAGCCACAUAUCCAUGUGGUCUCAGGUCACACACACACACACACACACACACACAGGCACAUACUGUGCAUUAGGAAAGUAUUCAGAACUCUUGACUUUUUCCACAUUUUGUUACGUUACAGCCUUAUUCUAAAAUGUAUUAAAUCUUUUUUCUCUCAUCACUCUACACACAAUACCAUAAUGACAAAGCAAAAACAGUUUUUUAGAAAUGUUAGCAAAUGAGAUUUGAAAUUGAGCUCGGGUGCAUCCUGUUUCCAUUGAUCAUCCUUGAGAUAUUUCUAAAACUUUAUUGGAGUCCACCUGUGGAAAAUUCUAUUGAUUGGACAUGAUGGAAAGGCACACAACUGUCUAUAUAAUGUCCCACAGUUAACAGUGCAUGUCAGAGCAAAAACAAAGCCAUGAGGUUGAAGGAAUUGUUCAUAGAGCUCCGAGACAGGAUUGUGUCGAGGCACAGAUCUGCAGAAGGGUACCAAAAAAAUUCUGCAGCAUUGAAGGUCCCCAAGAACACAGUGGCCUCCAUCAUUCUUAAAUGGAAGACGUUUGAAACCACCAAGACUCUUCCCAGAGCUGGCCGCCCUGCCAAACUGAGCAAUCGGGGGAGAAGGGUGGUGACCAAGAACCCUAUGGUCACUCUGACAGAACUCCAGAUUCCUCUGUGGAGAUGGGAGAAUCUUCCAGAAGGACAACCAUCUCUGCAGCACUCCACCCACUCUUCAGUAAAAGGCACAUGACAGCCCGCUUGGAAUUUGGCAAAAUGUACCUAAAGACUCUCGGACCUUGAGAAACAAGAUGAUCUGGUCUGAUGAAACCAAGACUGAACCCUUUGGCCUGAAUGCCAAGCGUCACGUCUGGAGGAAACCUGGCACCAUCCCUGAAAAUAGCUGUGCAGCGACGCUCCCCAUCCAACCUGACAGAGCUUGGGAGGCUCUGCAGAGAAGAAUGGGAUAAACUCCCCAAAGCUUGUAAACUCCCCAAGCUUGUAGCGUCAUACCUAAGAAGACUCUAGGCUGUAAUCGCUGCCAAAGAUGCUUCAACAAAGUUCUGAAUAAAGGGUCUGAAUAGUUAUGUAAAUGUGAUAUUUCAGAAUUAUUUUUUUAUAUAAAUUUGCAAAAAUGUAUAAAACCCUGCUUUUUUUGCUUUGUCAUCAUGGGGUUUGUGUGUAGAUUGAUGAGGGAAAAAACUAUUUAAUCCAUUUUAGAAUGAGGCUGAAAAAGUAUACUUUCCAAAUGCAUUGUACUCUCUCUUUCUCUCUCUCUCUCUCUCUCUCUCUCUCUCUCUCUCUCUCUCUCUCUCUCUCUCUCUCUUGCUCGCUCGCUCUCUCUCCUUCUCUCCUCCCUCCCUCUCUCCCACACACUCAGCCAAGCAGUGUUCUCUGUGGUCUCAGCUCAUUGGAAUCACAAGCAAACCUCCAUCCCUUUAAUAUAGCCAUGCUAGUCCCUGCCCUGGCCUGUAGCACUGCUAAACUGCCUGGCUAAUUGCAGAUUAUUCGUCGCUCCAAACGAGGCCUGUAUAAAGCUUAUUUAGACAGAUGUGGUUCACAGCGGAUUGACUCAGUGUAGUUUUAACACUACAGCUGGAUAACGACUGCUCUCUGGUUCUCUGGUCUCUCCGUAUAUGAAUGGGUGCUAAUAAUGAUGGCCCCUGGUGUGUAUGUUGGAUUAUUCUCCCCGCGCAUGCACUCUCACAUACACUCAUACAUGCGCACACACACUUUCUCUCAAACACAGACACACACAAACACAAAGAGGGAUAAUUGAGCCUUUCUCACAAUGGACAUAACUGACUGCCUUUCUAUGGGAGAGAGAGAGAGAUCAGUUGAAUAGGAGUAAAGUGGAGACUGAUUACAUUUCUCUAUGCCAGCUGGGUCUGACUGGGUUUUCCUCUGUGGACUCUUGGCUAUCACAGUCAACCAUAGAGAUGGAUAAAAUAACAUAAAGCAAUAUUGCCAUGGGUAUAACUUCUGUGUUAUCAAAUCACACAAUGGGACUUCAAAGCAAGUGGCUGAGUCCAUUGACCCUGCACAUAAUGUAGUUGCUCUUUCUCUCUCUUCUCUCACUCUCUCGUUAUCUCUCUCUAUCAAACACACACAUACUCACACAUAUUGCAAUUUUGAAUCUUUGGAACACUGCUGACAGGAAUAGUAUUAAAAAUCAUGUCUCCGAAAGAAGUCUCCAUGGAAACACAGGUGGUCUCAGUUUCUGUCUCACAUUGUCAUCCCUCAUUUCACUAUUAAUUUUCAUUUUCCCUUUUUAUGUGACGCACAGUUAUAUCACCCUCUAGUGUGAGGACUGAGGAAGUGCUACCACCAAGUUACCCUAAAACACAGAUCUAAGGUCAGUUUUGUGAUUUACUACUGAUGGUCACGGUUAGGAUCUAGGGAGAAUAAUCUGAUUCUAGUGCUGUGCUUAAGAGCAACCUAUAGCCAAAUCCCCCAACAGUCAGACAUGCUUCUUAAUCUGCACUUACAUCAGAUCACCCACCAAGAAACCCUCCAGAGCACACCCUCUAAAUCUCUACUCAUAUCAGUUUGGCCAUGCUUGGUGUGCAGCCUCCUUUGCUUCGAUACCUUAGAAAUCUCUCUGACCAGCCUCCUAUGCUUUUAAUGCUUUCAUGUUUCAUCCCUCUGAAUUGGUUACCCAACCUGGGGCUGACUGACCAACACAUAGACUAACACUGCCAACGAGCCAUCCGGUGGGCUCUAUGGACAUGUAUAUGAACCAAUCAGUGGACAUCUAAAUAACCUUUGACCUUUUGUAUGUGUAGACCCUAUUGUCACUAUCUGGCCAUGCUAGAAAAAGGAAAAGAUAUAUGGUGCUUUACCACUAAUCAACAACAUUUGCCCAUUCAUUUGAAUGAUGUUGCCAUUUUUUUUCUACCAUGGCCAUUUACUAUCUACUCUGUAAAAGUGCCGUCAUGGAGUCGAGUGACCAAGUCUUGUUUUUGUGUAAAUCUUUGAUGAUGAUGAUGAUGAUGAGAAGGAUACUCAGGGGAGGAGGAGUGGAAGGUGCCAAAUAUAUAAAAGAGAAGAUAUGCAUACAUACUGUAUUGACUGACAGCAUGUUAUAUUUUGUGUAGCAUUUUUAUUCAGCCAGCAAUGGGAAAGUAGCAUACUGAGAGACGUAAAGACGUAAAACUGUAUAUAUUGAGAGAAGAGGAUGUACUCGUGCUGAACGUUUCUGUACUGUGGAGAUGGAAGGGAAGACAGAAAACUAACCAAGGGCUCUCUAUUCAAUCCGUAUUGCGUUCAGCGUUAAAGCGUGAUUGAAAUUUAAAGCCAAUGUUCUCGUGUCAGCAGGGCCUGCGUAAACGCUGCAUAUGUUGGCACAAUCUAAAAUGACCUUGACAUUUCGAUCACGCAACCUGUAACACUCGCCGAUACAUAUUGAAUAGAGCCCCAACAGUUGUUAUGUCGUUGGCUUUUUGUAAAUCUGAUGGGACACUGAAUCUCAUAGGCCGCUGUAAGCUUGCUAACUGGAACCCAUCACAAAUGUGGUGAUGGCCAAGUUAAGAUGUAUUGUAGAUGUUAAAAUGUCAUAUACAAGUACCAGUCAAAAGCUUGGACACACCGACUCAUUCCAGGGUUUUUCUUUAUUUUAAUUAUUUUCUACACAGUAGAAUAUUAGUGAAGACAUCAAAACUAUGAAAUAACACAUAUGGAAUCAUGUAGUAACCAAAAUAGUGUAAAAAUAUAUUUUAUAUUUCAGAUGCUUCAAUGUAGCCUUGCCCCUUGCCUUGAUGACAGCUUUGCACACUCUUGGCAUUCUCUCAACAAGCUUCAUGAGGUAGUCACCUGGAAUACAUUUCAAAUAACAGGUGUGCCUUGUUAAAAGUUAAUUUGUGAUAUUUCUUUCCUUCUUAAUGCGUUUGAGGCAAUCAGUGUGUUGUGUUAAGGUAGUGGUGGUAUACAGAAGAUAGCCCUAUUUGGUAAAAGACCAAGUCCAUAUUAUGGCAAGAACAGUUCAAAUAAGCAAAGAGAAAUGACAGUCCAACAUUACUUUAAGACAUGAAGGUCAGUCAAUAUGGAACAUUUCAAGAACUUUUAAAGUUUAUUCAAGUGCAGUCGUAAAACCCAUCAAGUGCUAUGAUAAAGCUGUUUCUCAUGAGGACUGCCACAGGAAAGGAAGACCCAGAGUUACAUCUGCUGCAUAGGAUAAAUUCAUUAGAGUUACCAGCCUCAGAAAUUGCAACCCAAAUAAAUGCUUCACUGAGUUCAAGUAACAGAUACAUCUCAACAUCAACUGUUCAGAGGAGACUGUGUGAAUCAGGCCUUCAUGGUCAAAUUGCUGCAAAGAAAGCACUACUAAAGGAUACCAAUUAGAAAUAGACUUGCUUCGGCCAAGAAACAUGAUUAAUGGACAUUAGGCAGGUGGAAAUCUGUCCGUUGGUCUAAUAUCUCCAAAUUUGAAACGUUUGGUUCCAACUGCCGUGUCUUUGUGAGAUGCUGAGUAGGUGAACGGAUGAUCUCUGCAUGUGUGGUUCCCACCGUGAAGCAUGGAGGACUAGGUGUGGGGGUGCAUUGCUGGUGACACUGUCUGACUUAUUUAGAAUUCAAGGCACACUUAACCAGCAUGGCUACCACGGCAAUCUGCAGCGAUGAGCCAUCCCAUCUGGUUUUCACUUAUUGGGACUGUCACUUGUUUUUCAACAGAACAAUGACCCAACACACAUUCAGGCUGUGUAAGGGCUAGUUGACCAAGAAGGAGAUUGAUGCAGUGCCGCAUCAGAUGACCAUGCCUCCACAAUCACCCGAACUCAACCCAAUUGAGAUGGUUUGGGAUGAGUGAGUUGGAUCAGAGUGAAGGGAAAGCAUCCAACAAGUGCUCAGCAUAUGCUUUAACUCCUUCAAGACUGUUGGGAAAGCAUUCCAGGUGAAGCUGGUUGAGAGAAUGCCAAGAGUGUGCAAAGCUGUCAUCAAGGCAAAGGGUGGCUACUUUGAAGAAUGUAAAAUAUAUUUUAAUUUGUUUAACACUUUUUUGGUUACUACAUGAUUCCAUAUGUGUUCUUUCAUGGUUUUGAUGUCUUCACUAUUUUAUUCUACAAUGUAGAUAGGUGUGUCCAAACUUUUGACUGGUACUGUAUGUAUAGUUAAAGUCGUUAAAGUUUACAUACACUUCGUUUUUCAACCACUCCACGAAUUUCUUGUUAACAAACUAUAGUUUUGGCAAGUCAGUUAGGACAUCUACUUUGUGCAAGUCAUUUUUCCAACAAUUGUUUACAGACAGAUUAUUUCACAUAUUUCACUUGUAUCACAAUUCCAGUGAGUCAGAAGUUUACAUACACUAAGUUGACUGUGCCUUUAAACAGUUUGGGAAAAUUCCAGAAAAUGAUGUCAUUGCUUUAGAAGUUUCUGAUAGGCUAAUUGACAUCAUUUGAGUCAUUUGGAGGUAUUCCUGUGGUUGUAUCUCAAGGCCUACCUUCAAACUCAGUUCCUCUUUGCUUGACAUCAUGGGAAAAUAAAAAGAAAUCAGCCAAGACCUCAGAAAAAUCUCCACAAGUCUUGUUCAUCCUUGGGAGCAAUUUCCAAACGCCUGAAGGUACCAUGUUCAUCUGUAAAACCAAUAGUACGCAAGUAUAAACACCAUGGGACCACGCAGCCGUCAUACCGCUCAGGAAGGAGACGCGUUCUGUGUCCUAGAGAUGAACGUACUUUGGUGCGAAAAGUGCAAAUCUAUCCAAGAACAACAGCAAAAGACCUUGUGAAGAUGCUGGAGGAAACAGGUAUACAUGUAUCUAUAUCCACAGUAAAACAAGUCCUAUAUCGACAUAACCUGAAAGGCCGGCUCAGCAAGGAAGAAGCCACUGCUCCAAAUCCGCCAUAAAAAAGCCAGACUACAGUUUGCAACUGCACAUGGGGACAAAGAUCAUAUUUUUUGGAGAAAUGUCCUCUAGUCUGAUGAAACAAAAAUAUAACUAUUUGGCCAUAAUGACCAUUGUUAUGUUUGGCGGAAAAAAGGGGAGGCUUGCAAGCCGAAGAACACCAUCCCAACCGUGAAGCACGGGGGUGGCAGCAUCAUGUUGUGGUGGUGCUUUGCUGCAGGAGGGACUUGUGCACUUCACAAAAUAGAUGGCAUCAUGAGGAAGGAAAAUGAUGUGGAUAUAUAUUGAAGCAACAUCUCUUGGUCAUAAAUGGGUCUUCCAAAUGGACAAUGACCCUAUGCAUACUUCCAAAGUUGUGGCAAAAUGGCUUAAGGACAACAAAGUUAAGUUAUUUUAGUGGCCAUCACAAAGCCUUGACCUCAAUCCACAGAACAUUUGUGGGCAGAACUGAAAAAGCGUGUUCGAGCAAGGAGGCCUACAAACCUGACUCAGUUACACCAGCUCUGUCAGGAGGAAAGGGCCCAAAUUCACCCAACUUAUUGUGGGAAGCUUGUGGAAGGCUACCUGACACGUUUGAACCAAGUUAAACAAUUUAAAGGCAAAGCUACCAAAUACUAAUUGAGUGUAUGUAAACUUCUGACCCACUGGGAAUGUGAUGAAAUAAAUAAGUUAUUCUCUCUACUAUUAUUCUGACAUCUCACAUUCUUAAAAUGAGUUGGUGAUCCUAACCGACCAAAAACAGGCUAUUUUUACUAGGAUUAAAUGUCAGGAAUUGUGCUGAACAGAUUUUAAAUGUAUUUGGCUAAGGCGUAUGUAAACUUCUGACUUCACCUGUAUGUUCUGAUAUGUAAACCUGUGAAAGUGAGUUAUAAUCCGAUCUUCCUAUAAUGUACGGUUGUAUUCAGUAGGCUCGAAACAGGAGAAAGCAGACAAAAAAAAUUGAAGAACUACCUUGACGUGUCGAAUAAGUAACACAUUUUUCGUUGUAAAACAGUUUUUAAUGUUUUCCUUUGCUUGCACCAAUGAACACGGACCAGAUGUUUUGUAAUGUUGAGUAAGCUGGGUUCUGUUUCUGCUUCAGUCAACUUGUCAUUGUCUUACUGUUGUUGGCAAUGCAACAGUGUAGCAUGGUGUUAAAUAAAGAAACAGUCAGGUA